AACACAGGAGAAGAAGAAGGGAAAAAAACUCUCACUCUCUCACCCUGCACUCUAUCAGCGCCCAGUCGCUGUUGUCUGUCCUGCCUGCUGGAGCAGGAAGAUGGAGACGGAGAGUUGUUUGCCUUUCUCUUCGCAGAACAGCAGGAGGACGCCAGAAAACUCCCCGGGUCUGGAGCACGGCGGCUCCGGCUCCUUUCUCCCGUGCGAUGAGCUGCAGAAACCCUCGCACCUUCCUCCUCCACCACCUCCUCCUCUCCCUCACCGCCUCAGCCUGCGCGGGGAUCUGUACGGCGCCGGCAUGGGGAGGUUUGGCGAUGGCUCGGCGGACUUUACGCACGGCGCCGCCACGGGGAACGCGCCCGCCUCACCGUCUAAACACAGCAAGUUCUUGGACAGUUUAAACCACGACCAGAAGGGCAAGUCCACGUUUUAUGAAAACAACUCAGAAGUCAGAGAGAAAGGAGGUCCAAAAUCCAUGGGCUAUCCUGGGAUCAGCACAGACUGUUGUGGCAAACUGAAAGAGCCAGUCGUUGGUUUACAGGGCGACUCCAUCGCUGACUCCAUCGACCUAUCGGGCAAGAACAAGAAGCGACGCAAUCGCACCACUUUCAGCACGUUUCAGCUGGAGGAGCUGGAGAAAGUUUUCCAGAAGACACACUACCCCGAUGUGUAUGCCCGAGAACAGCUGGCCCUGAGGACCGAGCUCACUGAGGCUCGGGUUCAGGUGUGGUUCCAGAAUCGUCGGGCCAAGUGGAGGAAACGGGAGCGUUAUGGGAAAAUUCAGGAGGUCCGCAACCAUUUUGCUGCAACGUAUGAUAUCUCUCUUCUGCCUCGCCAUGAUACAUACCAGAUGCAGGGAAAUCUGUGGCCAGGGCCGACCUCAGGAGGAGGUGGUGGUUCAGGUGCUGGUUGUGUCCUUGGAGCCGAUUCCAUCCCCUCGUCCUGCAUGAGUCCAUAUUCUCAUCCCCACAGCAACCUGCAGGGCUUCAUGGGUAUGCCUGCAUCACCGAGCCACCCACACCACCAUCACCACCACCAUCACCCAUCUCACCAUCCUGGCAUCAAUGGCCUCUACUCACUCCACAGCUUCCCUGGAGGCCUGGGGUCUCCUUCCAUCGAGGGGCCUGAGGCCGACUACAAACCCACGGGCCUGGUGGCAUUGCGGAUGAAAGCCAAAGAGCCAGGCAGCAUCCUCUCCUGGCCUACAUGA